AUGGCGGACCCUAGAUCCAGCCAAGAAGGCAUUACCUUGAGCCCCAUAGCGUGUGAAUCCUGUCGCCAGCGGAAGCGCGGGUCUUACCCCUGGCCUGGUCGCUUCCCCCAGGGAAUCCCGUUUGGCUACCUAACAAAGCUCGAGAACAGGCUCGCAGAAACCGAAUCAGCCCUCUUUCGAACCCUCGCCAGCAUCGUAGACAGCCAGUCCCUCGAAGCAGCCAUGGCGGGGCCCGCUCCCUCGUCGAGUUCCUGGACGCCAAGGCAGAACAAAGUCGACCGCGUCACCGAGUGGGACAACACACCCCUGCGGACAAGCGACGACCUCCUCUCUUGGUAUCAGUCAAAGACCUCGGCGUCGGGAAGCGCGGCGAGGGCAGAUGAGAUCCCAGUCGAUCCAGCCAUCCCCCGAAGUGUAUCGCCAACCAUCGCAUCUCCUUUGCCGGACGAGACCUUGAUGGACAUCACGCAGUUCACAGCCGCCGAGGCGGAUGCAGGGGCCGCGAUCGACAUGCUGUCAGAGUAUGAUGGUAGUACAUACUCGGAAAUGGGCAUGAGCAAAGCAGAAACGUUGGCCAAGUCGAGAGACAACCUUUACUUUUGA